UGCAACCUUUCUCUUUGCAUGUCUUUAUGUGCUGAUAUGGCACAGAAAAGGGAAAGGACUAUGGUUUCUCCUUUGCAAGACUAGCAGCAAAACUGAGAAAAAAUACGAGGCAAUGAUAGUGUCAUAUGGAUCCCUAGCUCCAAAAAGAUACAUGUACUCAGAGGUAAUGAAAAUAACGUCUUCUCACAGCAAUCAGCUUGGAAAAGGUGGUUAUGGUGUGGUUUUCAAAGGAAGACUACAUGAUGAUCGUCUAGUGGCUGUGAAAUUCUUGCAUGACUGCAAAGGAAAUGGGGACGAGUUUGUGAAUGAGGUUAUGAGCAUUGGCAGGACCUCUCAUGUUAAUAUUGUUAGCUUAUUUGGGUUUUGUUUGGAGGGAUCAAAACGUGCUCUUAUAUAUGAGUACAUGCCCAACGGUUCUUUGGAUAAGUACAUUUACUCAGAGAACCCCAAAGAAAUUUUAGGAUGGGAGAGGCUCUACGCGAUAGCACUCGGGAUUGCUCGUGGCCUCGAAUACUUGCACCAUAGCUGUAACACACGUAUCGUCCAUUUUGAUAUCAAGCCCCAAAAUAUCCUUCUAGACAAAGAUUUUAACCCAAAGAUUGCUGAUUUUGGUCUAGCUAAAUUGUGUCAUACAAAGGAGAGCAAUCUUUCAAUGACUGGAGCUAGAGGAACAAUUGGGUUCAUCGCUCCAGAAGUUCACUCUCGAACCUUCGGGGUGGUUUCAACAAAGUCAGAUGUUUAUAGUUAUGGAAUGAUGCUUUUGGAAAUGGUUGGAGGCAGGAGAAAUGUAAAAUCAACUGUUGCAAAAUCCAGCGAAAAGUAUUUUCCAGACUGGAUUUAUGACCACUUUGCGCAAGAUGAUGGAUUACAAGCAUGUGAAGUCACAGGAGAAACUGAGGAAAUCGCAAGAAAGAUGACAUUAAUUGGCUUGUGGUGUGUACAAAUAUUGCCUGCAUAUCGCCCUGCCAUAACCAAAGUUCUAGAAAUGUUCGAGAGAAGCUCAGAUGACAUGGACAUGCCACCGAAGCAAAACUUCUCUGGAUUGCUUGAAAGUUCAGCUCACAAUAUGGAUGUACAAAGUUCAAGUUCUACCAGAUCUGAGGAGAUCAGCCUUGUGAAUUCAAAAAUCGUACAACAAUCGCCAACUCUUUGAGCAGAUAAGCCUUGUGAAUCAAAGAACCUACAUUCAUUUCCAACACUGUGAGAUGGUGGCCCUGUACUAGAGUACAUUCAGAAAUUGAACAAGCGCAGUGAAAUUCGGCAUUGUAGUAGAACAUAUUCCAUGUAGAGUCAAGAGCAUCCACAUGCCAGCGUCCUAAUUCUGAUAAGUGUUGUGUUCCAACUGCUAAAAGGCAUCGGAGGCA